AGAGGGAGGGGGACAGAAGAAGCGGCUCGAGAAAGAAGAGAAAAAAAGGUUGCUGCUUCAUAAGGAAAUAAUCGUGAAGGGCCCUCAUAGCGGGAGAAGGAAGGCAGAUUAGCAGCGGCUCUAUGGCUCAGUCGACUGCUAACGGUGUGGAGCAGGAUGUGGCCAGCAAGCGGCUGCACUCAAGGAUGGAGGCGUCUUGCUUGGAGUUGGCCUUGGAGGGAGAGCGACUGUGCAAGGCUGGGGACUUUAAAGGGGGAACAGCGUUUUUUGAGGCAGCCGUGCAGGUUGGCACAGAAGACUUGAAGACCCUCAGUGCCAUCUACAGCCAGCUGGGCAAUGCCUACUUCUACCUGAAGGAGUAUGGCAAAGCCCUGGAAUACCACAAACAUGACCUUACCUUGGCCAGAACAAUAGGAGACAGAAUUGGAGAAGGAAAAGCUAGUGGCAACCUGGGAAACACAUUAAAAGUGUUGGGCCGCUUUGAUGAGGCUGUGGUCUGCUGCCAAAGACAUCUGGAUAUUUCUCAAGAGCAGGGUGACAAGGUUGGAGAGGCCAGAGCUUUGUAUAACAUAGGGAACGUUUUCCAUGCGAAGGGCAAACAGCAGUUAUGGGGCUGCACCCAGGAACCAGGGGACCUGCCUGCUGAUGUCAGAGACACACUGCAAAGGGCUACUGGCUUUUACGAGAUGAACUUGUGUUUGGUCAAAGAACUUGGUGACCGUGCCGCUCAGGGGAGAGCCUAUGGGAACCUGGGUAACACUCACUAUCUUCUUGGAAACUUUGUUGAAGCAAUCAAGUUCCACCGUCAGCGGCUAUCCAUUGCCAAAGAAUUUGGGGACAAAGCGGCAGAACGGCGAGCCUACAGUAACUUAGGCAAUGCCCUGAUAUUCCUGGGCCAGUUCAACACAGCCACAGAGUACUACAGGAAAACCUUGCAACUGUCCAGGCAGCUGAGGGACCAGGUGAUGGAGGCUCAGGCCUGUUACAGCCUUGGAAACACCUACACUCUUUUGCAGCAGUAUGAGAGGACCAUAGACUACCACCUGAAACACCUCUACAUUGCCCAGGAACUUACUGAUAGGGUUGGAGAGGGCCGUGCUUGCUGGAGUCUGGGAAAUGCGUAUGUGUCUUUAGGGAACCACAAACAAGCUCUCCACUAUUCACGAAAGCACCUAGACAUCUCUAAAGAAAUUGGAGACAGAAAUGGAGAACUGACAGCCAGAAUGAAUGUGGAGCAGCUGAUGGAGGCACUGGGGGUCAAUGAGAGUGACCUCUCACCCUCCAGUUCAGAGUUUGAGAUGCAAGGGGCAAGACCCAAAUUCACCAAGAGAAACAGCAUGGACAGUGUAGAACUGUGGAAGUUCUCUUCGGAUAAGAACGGUGAGAACCAAGACUUGGAAAGUAUACCCAGGAGAUCCAAGAGCCAGCUGUCACAGCCAGGUAAAAGGAAAGGCUAUCCUGACAGUCAGUCAUCAGAUGAAAGGCCGUGGUUGGAUUCUCCUGUAGACACUGAUGACAUCACAGUGCAAGUCCCACCUCCAGUGCCAAAGCUGGGCCGUGACCCCUCCAAUGAAGACUGCUUCUUCGAUCUCCUCAGCAAGUUCCAGAGCAGCCGCAUGGAUGACCAGCGCUGCCAUCUUGAUGAGCCACAGAACGGUGACAACGGAGAAGGUGCUGCUAACUCAAUGCCGUCCCUGAAUGAGAUGAUAGAUCCCACACUUACCACUUCCCCCCAGACCGAGGAGCUGUUUGAUUUGAUUGCUAGCUCUCAGAGUCGCCGGCUUGAUGAUCAGCGGGUCAAUGUUGGAAACCUUCCGGGUCUGAGGAUUACCCAUAACAACCUGGGUCACCUGGUUGGUGAAGGGGAUCAUCAAGAACCCAGCGAUGACUUCUUCAACAUGCUCAUCAAAUGCCAGUCCUCUAGGAUUGAUGAUCAGCGGUGCUCCCCACCAGAACCAGGCCCCCAUGCCCCCACAGUGCCUGAUGAAGAUUUCUUCAGCCUAAUCCAGAGGGUGCAGGCCAAGCGUAUGGAUGAGCAGCGCGUCCAGCUGCCCUCGGACGACCAGGACAGUCCUCCGUCCCCUGAUCCAGAGCCACCUGGUGGUUUCUCCAGCUAGGACUUGGUGAAAAAUGCAGCACACUUACAUGUCAAAAACAAGAAGAAAAAGGGAGAGCCAACAUUUGAAGAGAGAAAUUAAGGGUGAACUAACAAAAUUUGUAAUAGCAAGACAGAUUCAAUGUGCAAAAGGUGGCGCCCUGUCAAAUGUUCCUCGUAUUAAGUUCUAAAUAUGUGUAAAUAUAAAAGGAAAAUAAACAGAAUUUAAAUUGGGCUUUGUGAAGUCGAAGAAGGUACAAGUUGGGAUUUUACAAAUUUAGAAUUAUUUAAUGAUAACAACAAACGUGAAAUAUGUAUUCUAAUGCCUUAAUCAGCAUUUUUUUUCAGACUCAAGAUUGUAUUUCCUGGUGACAGAUGUGUUUUUAGAAGCACAUGAUGACAUGGCAUACAGUGUAAUAUGGACGAUUAAUGUGGAGACCUGUGAGUUGAGGAAAUCACAAAGAUUUAAUUCUCGAAACAGUCAAUGAAAACAUUUGAGAAAUGAUCGAUUUGCGCUGAAAUCUAAACCGGUUUUAUACAGACAUGAAUGGAAAACUUCUAGACUUGACACAAAUUAUGGAUGAUUUUCUUCAAAUAUUUUUUAUCUAUUGUCAUUUUUUCUUAAAAUAAGUACGUACUAUAAUGUACAUGCCAAAUGUCUUUAUCAGACAAGUUGAAUUUUAGAAAAAAUGUAUCACUUCAAUCAUAUUUUGAUCAUUGCUGCAUUUAUCAUUCAAUUUUUGUGGUUCCAACUGCUCAUUGAGAGCUGGUGUUAUAUGUUCAAUAACAGUAUUAGGGAUGGCCAUCCAGUGUUAAACUAACUGCUUUGAUCAGUUCAAACUUGAAACCACUGAUUCAUAAUCACGUUUCACUUUUGCUCGGACAAAGUAUAUUUAAUUUCAAUUGAAAGACUGAAAUAUUAUUUCUAAGUAAAUAAAAAUUGGCCUGAGUCUCAUUACAUAGUAAGCCGUAACUGAAGUUACUGAGCAAAUAAAAUUAAAUAGCUGCUUAUUUUAUAGAUAGAGUUGUGUGAUAAUUCAAGCUCCAAUUAAUGUUUCUGCUUAGCUUUUAAUGUGACCACAAUGCUGCAAUAUCAGCUGCCCAUAAUGUUCUGAACAUCUGAUAACAGACUACUGCUUACUGCCAUUUGUAUUACUUAACAUAGGAAUAGAAGCAGAUGGAUGAGAUGGAUGUGUCAUGUUUAGAGGAAUCUGAAACCAUGAAUGAUAAUGGAAGUGCUAAUUCUAAGCUGUGGUGCUGGUAUUCUGCCCCCCUAUGGUCAAAGCCUUGUAUUACCUCUGUGAAAUACAGCACAGUCUUUGGGGGAUUAAAGGUAUUCCCUUUUCUUGACUAUUUGUAGGACACAGUUAUAAUGAUGAUAUUGCGCUUUCAGCAACUUGUACCAUAAAUGUGGGGAGUUUUGCAAAUCAUUUCGUAAAAGUAAGAGUAUCAUCAAAAUCAGGGAGGGGCAGGUGUAUAUUUCUAUCCAUUUGCUGAUAUGAAAGCUCUUUGAUGUACAAAAAAAAGCAACAUCAGUACAAAUUUUAAUUUGCUAUGAACAUGAACGAUUUAGCUGUACAGAGCAUCUGUAUAAUGGUACAACAAUAUUUGACCUUACCCAUGGGCUUGCUUUUUCUUUAAAAGUAGAGCAUACCUCAUUUUGUACCUCAAAGGUUGUGAACCUUAGAAAUACUGAGUUCUGAACCCAGAUGGAUCAUGUACCAGGUUCAUUGUGGUUAUUUGAUUCAUCUUUCUUUGAUUAACAACACAUUGGGAGUUACAGUUAAUAUUUUCUUUUCAGUUGUUUUUUUGUGAAUUAACAUUUCUAGAAAGUACCCGGUACGCUUCUAUUUGUCACUGCCAUAAUUUGUACAUAUAUAUAUUUUGUAUUUAUGUUCCAUUUGAGGACAUGAAUAUGUCCCCUCAUGCUUUUAAUAAAAUGUUUCAGA